GUCUUCUAAAACAGUACAUUUGGGUACACCAAAUGUAGUCCUUAUAAAUAAAGAAAACUUUGCAAAAAUUCUGAAGCUUGACGAACAGAAUAACAAAAUUUAUAUCACAAUCGAUGAUAAUAGUUACCAUGAGGCUCAAGAAACAAAUCUAGGAUCUAGCUUUGAAGUGUUAGAGGGAGCUAGUAAUAAUCUGAAUGAACAUGAUAAUCCUAAUACAACUGAGAGCACUCAAUUAAAUGAAGUUCAAGGUGUUGAGAAAUCUCAAAACUAUACUGAUCUGCAAUUUGAUGAGUAUACAGAUUUAGAUGAAGAAAUCGAAGAACAAGUUUUUGAUAGGAAG